AAUGACAUAUGUUGAGCUUGUAAGAGAUUUAGUAAUAGUUCAAAAAUGUUGAAUGAUCCUGAAUUUAAGUGCUUAUUCAAACUCAGAAAAGUCCACGUAAAUUUCGUAAACAUUUGUCUUGAGAAAUAUCCAAUACCACUUAAAGUUGAUGAUAUAAAAUUUUGUAGCGAAACGACUGCAUUACCAAGUGGAAAACAGUUUUUUGCUGAUUGUUGUUUUGAAUCAAAUAAAGUUAAGUGCUGGGUAGAAUAUGAUAAGUUUGUAAAAUCUUCUUCAGAAAAAAGAAUCAGUGUUUUAACUGCGUCACAAAUCACAGAACAACUUUCUAAAGGCGAUUCAUUUUCGGCCAUAGAAAUAACAGGUUCUAUAUUUAUAACUAAUUAUCAUUGCUAUAAGAAAGAAACGUAUAAAGUUUUGUCAUUUAGCCAAAAUAAAGACGAAGAUAAUUCUGUCGUGACACCUUCUUUUAUUAUUUUCGUAGAUUUAUACGAACAUAAUCUAAAAUAUAAGAAUCUCGUCAAACAAUACGCUGGAGAUUUAAAUUUAAUAAUAGCAAAACUAGAACCAAUAGAUAUAUUCUGUCAACUUGUAAUAAAUCCAACGAAUCUACAAAAUCUAAAAGUUCAUCCUAAACACUUAGAACUUGCUACAGACCUUGAUUUAGCAUACUCCAGAUUACAAACGUAUUUGAAUAUGAAGCGAAAACAUAUAUCAAGUGAUAAUAAUGAGGAUAGUGUAGAAUAUAGCAAUCAAUUACGAGAUGAAGCCAUCUUAAAAAUAUUUCAAUCCAAACCAGACACACAAUUGGCAGAUUUAUUGGGAUCAAUAAAAUCUAUCUAUUCCGAGGUAUCAGAAGAACAUAUCGAAAUGUUAUACGAUCGGUCUUUGGAAGUGCCAAAAAAAAAAUCUCGUGUUACGACUGAAGAAGAGCUAAUUCAUAACGUAAUGGUAGAGAUAGAUUCUCCGCUCAGCUAUACUGAGACAAUAGUAAAGUAUCUUAAGGAUGGUAAACCGAUUCGCGAAAUCUCCGCAUUUAUGCAAUUAAAAUUUGAUUGUGAUUCUGCAGGAGUACUGAGAGAUAUUGAGAGAGCACUAUCAGAUAAUCAAGCUGGAAAAUCCAUAAAUCAGAUUUCAGAGGCACAAUCACAUCCACCCAUAAAUAAUAGAGUAUUAAGGAUAAGAACUAAAUCCAAUUGUUUAGAUAUUAGGGAAGAAAAGCCAAAAAGAAGAAAAUCAAAAAAAGACAAAGAGAAUUCUAUACUUAAAAAGAAAAAAAUUAAACGGUUUGUAUUUUUACUAUUUAUUAAAUAGUUAGCAUACUAUAACGUUUUUUAGCCGUCUAAAAAGUAACAAAGCUCGAAAAAAAUUUAAUUUUCGACUUUUAAAUCUGAUAUUCAUCCUUUAAGUAGCAAAUGUCAGUAGUAUAAAGGCUGAUUACGAGACGGGGGGCGUGACCGGG